AAUUUCCCGUAAAUUAUUAAUAAAAAAUUGAAUUUUGAGAAAAAAUUAAUAAUUCUAAGACAGCUACUUGAAAUAAAGGACGUUCUUUACAACAAAGGACGUAUGAGUACCGUAACUAUACUACACAAUUACUGAUAUUACUACUACUACUACUAAAUAAACUGUUAUUUUACAUUGAUUAAUCGCGCAAGGGAUUAGACAACGUAUUUGUAAAAUCAAUAUGGAUGUUUUUCCACGUCGAUGUUUUUAGCGUCGUCCGAUGUUUGUAUCGGUGGUCGCCGGUAGGUUGGAAUUAUCGGAAACGACCGUAGCCCAUCCCUGAACGUUCGUUUCCUGAAAUCGCUUCGAUCGUCCUGUCGGAGUCGUUCAAAGAAAGACGCAACAAAAGCAGCCGCGCGCGAGGCGUAGAACGGACAACGCAUUCCCCAAAGCGCUACAAAGUAUACGCUACACGGUGAUGCGACAAGUCGAUCGGAAAAAAAGAAAAUAGGUCUCACGUGCACCUUUCCGCACCAUUCGCACUCAGCGACGGCGACGGACGUGAACGGACUCCAAGUGCGCGGCAUUAACAAGACGAGGACGGAACGUCGGAAGUGCAGCCAGGUGCAGCAAGAAUCCGAGUCCGAGCACGAAGCAACACGAAGCUGCAAGUAGCGGUAGCGGCUACGCGAACGGAGUGGUGGGGGACCAAUGGCGGAGUGUCGGAGGCGAUCACGUGGCACGCUCCAUGUCGUUACGUGUAUACUUGAGCGACCGAGAGGGCGCGACCUGCGGAACCGAGAGAGACCGAGUUUUGCGACGAGCGCGUAAACACGAGGGAGAUAGGUUAGAUUCGUAUUAAAGAGAAAGAGAAGUGUCGACGGCGCGGCGCGGGGAGAGGAGUAACAGCACACAUACGCGCAAUAUGCCCUUAUACUCCGACCGCGUACUCUCGCGGGCAGACGUAUUCAUUGGUUCGACAGAGAUCGCCGGAGAGCCGCGGAGAUCGUUACAUGCUCCUGACCUUCGAAGAUCCACCUCAGAACAUUAAGGCAGGAUGGAAGGAGAACUUGGCAACCUUUAUGAACGAACUCAAAAACUUACAAUGUGUCGGUUUGACAACGUUAGGUGCCGCCUUGAAACACGCGUUGGACGUACUGAACAUAAAUCGUAUGCAGACUGGUAUAGAUACAUACGGCCAAGGAAGAUGCCCGUUUUAUUUAGAACCAUCCGUUAUAGUUGUUAUAACAGACGGAGGAAAAUAUACAACUAACAGCGGAGUCCACCAAGAUUUUACGUUGCCGAUGCAUUCCCCGAUACCCGGAUCCGAACUAACAAAGGAGCCAUUUAGAUGGGACCAAAGAUUGUUCUCUUUGGUGCUGCGUUUAUCAGGAACACCAGCUGUCGAACGAGACAUUGGCUUGGUGGCGAGUGACGCAUCACCGAUAGAUGCAAUGUGUGAAGUGACUGGAGGUCGUUCGUACUGCAUUACAUCGUUCAGGAUGAUGAUACAGUGCAUAGAUUCUCUGGUGCAGAAAGUUCAAUCAGGUGUAGUGAUAAAUUUUGAGAAAAUCGGUCCUGAUCCACCGCCAUUGACCAACGAGGCACCGCAACAUCAGGAUGAGGAGGAAAAUGAGGAUGAUGGUAACGCAACGAACGGACCACGCACUCAGUAUCCCAACGCGUUAGCGCCAGGAAAUACGGCUUGGUAUUCCUGCAGACGCCUGAUCUACGUACCGCGGUCAGCCCAGAAAGGGUUUGCGGUAGGUUUUUGGCCGAUUCCCGAAAGCUUCUGGCCGGAUCUUAGCGCUAGCUCGUUACCACCACGAUCGGCGCAUCCAAAUGUGAAAUUCACGUGCACCAGUCAGGAGCCAAUGGUGAUCGAGAAUUUACCGUUCGACAAGUACGAGCUGGAACCAAGCCCUUUAACGCAGUACAUCCUAGCGCGGAAACAGCCGACAACAUGUUGGCAAGUGUUUGUUGCCAAUUCGUAUAAAUCGAGCGAAGUGGGCCAUCCAUUUGGUUACUUGAAAGCUAGUACAAACUUAACUUGUGUAAAUCUCUUCGUCAUGCCUUAUAACUAUCCCGUGCUGUUACCGCUGCUGGAAGAGCUCUUCAAGGUGCAUAGGCAAAAACCGACACCUGAAUGGAGGGCGCAAUUCCAGGGUUAUAUAAGGACUAUGCCUACCUAUUACGCCGCCUCGUUGAGGAGAGCGUUAACUAGGAUGGGUGCGUCCGCGCCUCUAGCACAAACUUUGAUACCCGAUAAUAUGGAUAAUUCUUUAUCAUAUAGUGUUUUAAAUUAUUUAAAACGGUUGAAAAAUCAAGCUAAGAUCGAAUUUGAUCGGCUGUGUAAUGAAGUCAUUUCCAAGCAAGUCGCUGCUUCGAAUCUUACGAAGAAUUUAUCUAACUGUACCUCGAGUGUGGUGACGGAAGGAGUGAGAGUUGUACCGAAGACACCAUUGAAAAAAGAUUUGGUGUCCCAUCCUUUGUUACAAGACAAGUUUACGGGUCUCCGUGAUCAACUGAAUGAAUUCGGAGGUUUUGUCGUUGGGUUAGUGAAAAAUCAACAGCAGCAACGUGGUGCACACAGUUAUAGGAACGCCUUCGAUGUGCCGAGAAAGUCCCUACUCGAUCAAGUCGUGCGGAUGCGCGCAAAUUUCCUGCAACCCGGCUUAUUGCAUACAAAAUUACUAGAUGAUGAUUACGUUCAUUCGAUGCCUUUAGCUCAAAUGGGAAAUUAUCAGGAAUACCUAAAACGUAUGACUCCGCCGUUGAGAGAGAUCGAAAGUGUACCGGUUAGACAGCAUAUGUUCGGUAAUCCCUUCAAAAUAGACAAAAGGAUGAUGGUAGAUGAGGCGGAUAUUGACAUAGUUGGCGCAACAUCCUCGACAUCGAAAGGCGGUCUCAAGCGCACCCUGCCGCAAUCGGAUAACACAGGCUCAUCCUCUCCGAGGCCACCUCCUAACAAAAGGAAGCCUGGACCCAUACCGAAAGACGUGAUCGUUCGACGACCCUCGUAUACUAACACUCCACCGAGUUCCCCGAUUCCUUGGAUGAUGGAGGACAUGAAGAGUCAAGUGACGGUGACAGUAACAGCAGCAGCAACAGCAGCAGCAGCAACAACACCAGUCGCCGAUACGAACGCUCCGCCGAUCUUAUCUUGUUUGCCCAAUGUAUCGCCAGGUCACGCGUCGUUACCGUGUUCGAGUGCGUCCGAAAAGUUGGUAAACGGUCUCGCGGAAAUGCCAAUUAUACCGGUUUUCGAACCAAUCCCGGUGGAACAUGUUAACAAUCACAUGGACACACCGCCCGUUCUGACGCCGAUAGUUAACAAUGUCGACGCAAUAUCGAAGGGUGAUGUUAAAAGUGAACGAACAGAUAAUGUGAAGAACGAGUGUAAUCGAUUACCGAUUAAUGAUUGUAUCGAGAAUAACAUGCGUGUGGACAAUGCCGCUGAGGAGAGAUUAACGAAUCACAUAGAGGAGAAGCGCGAGCCGAAGACCGAGAGAGACAAGAAGCUGACGAAGAAGGAAUUGGAGGACAUCAGGCGACACAAUUUGAAUAUCCGGGAACUCGUUUACAAGGAAGUGCGAAGAAGAGGGAAAAAUUACGCAACACUGUUCUCACACUUACAUCAAGUUCAGGGGACCCUAGAUAUACGGCUUGCGUUUGUAAAAGACAUAGUAAAAGAAUCAUUACGCUUUAAACGACGUAAUUUGGCGUCACUGUUAGAAGAAUAUCUUAAAACCAUUCAAGAGGACGGUUGCGCUAUAAAUCACAAGCUGAAUCACAAUGGUGCCACGAAGAUAAGUUGUUAAGAUAUAUGCGUAACCAGGGCAUUGUCUUAAUAGUGUGAAGAACACAGAUUGCGAAGGAACUCUUGUGCAAGUUUUUGUCAAAGAUUUUUAGUAGUGGGUUUCGAUUUUUUCGAAGUAAGGCUACUUUUGAUAAUCAAUGGAAAAACUUGCGCAAUUUUGAGGUUUCUAGCAAAUUUUAAUAGCAUUCUCGACGUCAACCAUAUGUCACUGUUUAUUUUUUGGCUUUGUAAAUUAUCAAUAGAAAUUUUGGAUAUAUCAUGUAGAAGGGUGCUAGUUUAAUAUUAAGACAACCGCUCGACGAAUAAAAAAUCAGGGUUCGACUCCUGGACUUGGCAUCCCGUUUAUAUAACACUAAGAAUUUUGUUUGGGAAAAAUAUUCUGAUACCAAAUAUACAAUAUGUAUAUUUUCGUGAAAAUGCUAAAAUUUGAAAGUUUGGAAGCUUUUAGAUAUUACGUGGCACUCUGCACAGCCAUAAAUUAAAGCAAUGAUUUUUAUUUAGUAAUUCACUUCAUUAGUAAUGUGAAAAAAAAACG